AUGGAGGCGAUUAAAACAUUCGUGCCGCUUGUAGUCGGCUCAUACGGACUGUCGAUGAGUUCAUAUCUGCUCUACCAAAACAGAAACAAAGAAAAUUGGAAACAAGUCGAUGGCUAUGUUGAUAAUGUGACCCUAAAAUAUUCGAAGAACUUGUUCCAGGGGACGUUCCACCUGAACAUAAAAUAUUUUUUUUAUAUAAAUAAAAAAAAAAUUGAAAACAGUAAAGAGUACAAAAUUUACGUUCAUCUCAGAAGCCAUGAGGGAGAACAAGUGCAGACAAAUGAAUACACACGAAAUAUUUUCGACCAAGUUAGUAAAGAAAAAAAUAUUAAAAUAUGUUACAACCCCGAGGAUGCAGAGCAGUCGGAGCCCUUGAUAUACAUUUACGAAAAUGAAAUAAUCGCACGGGAGAAGUUAGCCAAUAGAGUGAAGAAAAAGCUUGUUCGCAUAAAUACGGGUGUUGCGACGUUUCUUCACUUGGGGGAAUCGCCCGAGAGAAACGAUGAGAGCGCGAAAGGGUUGGAUGAUUCUUCCCCCACUAACCAAACAGCUAAGUUGAAGGGAAACAACACAUCAGCCACGGCAACGUCCCCCUGCGAUGGAGCAACGGACGAUAAGGGCAAGUCAAAUGGACCCUCAGAACCUUCGCAGUUAACCAAAAAAAAAAUAAACGCAUAUGACAUAAAUAAUUUAUUCCCAUGGUACAUGUUCUCAUGUAGCCUCUUCCUGUUUUUGUCUUUUUUUUUGAAGAAGAGAAUUCACUUUGUGAGAAGGUCAAUAUUGGCACAAAAAAAAAAAUGGGAUAAUAAUUGA